GGCCCCAAGGGUGAGCAGGGUCCACCAGGGAUCCCAGGACCCCAAGGUUUGCCAGGAGUCAAAGGAGACAAGGGCUCCCCAGGGAAAACCGGCCCCAAAGGCAGUUCUGGAGACCCAGGUGUUCAUGGCCUUGCAGGGCUGAAAGGAGAGAAGGGUGAAUCAGGCGAGCCAGGGCCAAAAGGACAGCAAGGCAUCCAGGGUGAGCUUGGCUUCCCUGGCCCCUCAGGGGAUGCAGGAGCACCUGGCCCACGAGGGUACCCAGGACCCCCUGGCCCACGAGGACUCAUUGGGGAGCGUGGCGUGCCAGGGAUGCCCGGCCAGCGCGGCGCAGCGGGCCGGGAUGCUGGGGACCAGCACAUCAUCGACGUGGUCCUGAAGAUGCUGCAAGAGCAGCUGUCAGAGCUGGCAGUCAGCGCCAAGAGAGCUGCCCUGGGUGGAGUUGGUGCCAUGGGACCCCCAGGACCUCCUGGUCCUCCAGGGCCACCCGGUGAGCAGGGUCCACAUGGACCCAUGGGACCUCGAGGUGUCCCUGGAAUCCUGGGCGCUGCCGGGCAGAUUGGCAACAUAGGACCUAAAG